AUGCCGCCGCUUUCACCCCUUGGUGUGCAUGUGACACGAAAUUUGUUUAGUGGCUGGUCUCUGUGGAAAAUAUUCCUGGCUUGUCUCUUAGCUUCUGUGGUAACAAUGGCAGUUGGAGUACUCAUAGUGUCUCUGGUGUAUAAUGGGAAAAAUAUUAAUGCCUCCAUUCUUAUACAACUUACUCAAAACCAGGGGACAAUCUCAUUGACUGAAACAGUCUCACCUUCUAGUUCUGAAACUACAGUUGCCACUAGCACAACAGAUUCUACCACAACAUCCACUUCCAGUACCAUGACUACCAUCACUUCAACGGAAUUUACAAGUAUACCAGCCACUGCUUCCACAGCUUCUACUGAGACCGUGACUACCACAGUGACCACCACCACACCUCAACCAACUACCACAGAAACGGCCAGCACUACCACUGAGGCUGAAACCACAACAUAUUCUUCCUCUUCUACUUAGACUACAACUACCACCGUGGCCACCACCGCAACUCAACCAACUACCACGACAACGGCCGGCACUACCACUGAGGGUACAACCACAACAGACACAACUGCUUCUACCACUUCUACUGGGAGUAUGACUACCACUGUGGCCACCACUUCAGCUGCACCAGCUAGCACAACUACUAUUAGUACCAUAGGUGAUUCCAGUGUCAGUAACUGCCAGCAUAAAACUACAGUGACCAAAAUCACCACUUCUAAAACAAGACUACUUAAUGACCAAUUCAACUAACACUAAAAUGAUAAUGAAUUCAUCCUCAAAACAACAUUUAGAUUUAACAUUACCAUAUAUUAGACCUGA